CACCAAAAGAUAUGUAAUUAACCUAUUUUUGGUUUCUUGCUGACCUACACUUUCACCAUUUUUUCCGGGAAAUCGUAACGACGGUUUUUCUUUUGCAUGCCUGGAAGUUUGUUGAUUCUGUUAGUUUCUUGAUGGUUUCAGUUUUCUGGUAGUUGCUCUAGGGAUUCAAACAUGGUUGUACUCAAAAUCUUGUUUUUUCAGUUUCAUGGUUAUAACCCCCUCUUCCCUUUCCAUGCAUUCCAAUUAGAUUCAUGACACACUUCUUUUGAGCCUACCCAGCAUUCCGUAUCCUCAUCGAGUUGUGAGAAUUCCUUUCGUUUUUCGGGAGAUCUUCGUAAUCAACUUUUUAUCUGCAGUUGAUCAUAUCGAAAAGUUUGGGAUUGAAUGCAACAUUGCAUGGAUCAUAAACUGAGAUUUUUUAAUUUGCAAGGACUUCUUAUAUAGAUUUCAAGCGAUUAUAUUGCGCGUGAGAUGAGUUGCUUUUCUUGCUUUUCAUCCCAUGAAAAGAAAUCAUCUAACACAAGAUCAAAUAGUGGGAGGAGAGCACAAUUGCCUACCACUGUUUCUCAGAAGGAACACAAUGUUCCACCAGCACAACAGCCUUGGCCGCCCCCAGCUGAAGUUCCUAAACCAAAACCUACACCACCAGCUGAGAAUCCAGCAGCCAAUGCCCAUAAUGUCAACAAAGAACCCGUAAACCACAACAACAUUGCUGCGCAAACUUUCACAUUCCGGGAAUUAGCGACAGCGACGAAGAACUUCAGGCAAGAAUGCCUCAUUGGAGAGGGCGGAUUUGGAAGAGUUUACAAGGGAAAACUUGACAAAAUAGAACAGGUUGUGGCUGUGAAGCAACUUGACAGGAAUGGCUUGCAAGGAAACCGAGAGUUUCUUGUCGAGGUGUUGAUGUUGAGCCUCUUACACCACGAAAAUUUAGUAAAUCUUAUCGGAUAUUGCGCAGAUGGUGAUCAGAGACUUCUUGUCUACGAGUACAUGCCCUUGGGAUCUGUGGAAGACCAUUUACUAGAUCUUCCGGAAGGCCAGACGCCACUAGAUUGGUUCAAAAGAAUGAGAAUAGCUCUGGGAGCUGCCAAGGGACUAGAAUACUUGCAUGACGAGGCAAAUCCACCUGUUAUCUACCGCGAUUUAAAAUCUUCCAACAUUUUACUCGACGCUGAUUUCAAUGCAAAACUCUCUGAUUUCGGGUUAGCUAAGCUUGGACCUAUUGGAGACAAGACUCAUGUAUCUUCAAGAGUAAUGGGAACAUAUGGUUAUUGUGCCCCAGAGUACCAAAGAACAGGACAGCUCACGGUCAAGUCUGAUGUUUACAGUUUCGGAGUUGUUUUAUUGGAAUUGAUCACUGGAAGGAGAGCAGUUGACACCACACUAUCAACCAGGGAGCAAAAUCUAGUUGCUUGGGCACAACCAGUAUUCAAGGAUCCUAAUAGGUAUCCAGAACUUGCUGAUCCACUUCUUCAAGGAAACUUUCCUGUGAGAGCACUAAAUCAAGCCAUGGCAGUUGCAGCAAUGUGCCUCCACGAGGAAGCACCUGUUCGUCCCUUGAUAAGCGAUGUGGUCAGUGCUCUUAGUGUCCUCGGAACUGGUCCGGACACUGCUGCCUCGCCUAUAAGCAGCCUUCCCUCUCCAUCACCGGAUCAAACAAUGGUCAUAAACGAGGAUUCUCAGCUCGAAGACAGUGUAACCGAACGCCAACGCGCUGUGGCAGAAGCCAUGGAAUGGGGUUCGUGCUCAAGGCACAAUGGAGUGGCAGCAUCACGGUGUGGAAGUACUUCUUCCUUGUAAAACUACAAGUUGCAUGGUACAAUGUUGUUUCCACAGAGCAUUUAAUUUCUGUUGUAAAACAUAUCUUUACGAUUCGCUUGCUCAUGAAUUACUCAAAAUUUGUAUGAGCAAUGUCAGAUUGUAACAAUGUAUCGGGUUGUAAACGCGAUAAAAAAUCAAACGGAUUGAAUGAGAAGGAAAUUAUAUCGAGUGAGAAUUUUUCUUCAUCAA